GGAGUAAUAAAACUCUUAUCCCCGUUCUAAUCAGUUUGGGGCAAAAAGUUGUGUACGGCUAUCCUGAAAUCUAAAUCCAUUUGUCACCCGGAUUUUUGCGGCGCUGCAAUCACCGGUUGCGUAAUUGAUAUUUGAGCGUUUCGGCGGAGAUGUACAACGGAAUCGGGUUACAGACAGCUCGCGGCUCCGGGACGAACGGUUACGUCCAAACCAAUAAAUUUUUCGUGAGACCGAAGACCAAUAAGGUUGUCGUGGAUGCCGGAGGUAAAGGAGGAUUUGGGGAGAAUCAGGGAACCGCCGGCGUGACCCGCAAACCUAACAAAGAGAUCCUGGAGCACGACCGUAAACGUCAGAUCCAGCUUAAGCUCAUCGUCCUGGAGGAGACGCUCUCCGAGCAGGGCUACACGGAGGCUGAGAUCGCUGAAAAAUUGGAGCAGACUCGACAAACUUUAGACGCUGAGUCUGAAGCUGCUGCUGGUUCCUCUGACAAGGUCUCUGAAACACAAACCCAUCAAAUUGCUGCGCGGAAGGAAAAACAAAUGGAGAAAUUAAGGGACGCACUUAAGAUCGGUUAUGAAAAUGAAAAUAGAAAGAAACAGAUUGAACUUCAGGCUUUAGACUCUGGAUUGAGUGGUAAUGAUUAUGACAAGUCAAAAAGUCAUAGAAUUGAUGGGAGAAUGGAUAAAAUAAAGGGAAAAGGUGUUCCUAAGUAUCAGAAAAAGGGAGACCCUGAGGAUUCAUCUGAUAGUGAUAGUCUUGGAGAGAGCACUGGAAGGGUAAAAAAAAAGAAUAUGAAAGCUCAUAAAGAGACUGAAUCAGAUAUUGACUAUAAGAAGAGGUCAAAGAAAUCAACAAGGAAUGAAGAUUCUGCUGAGAGUGACAGUGGUGGAGAGAGCAUUCAGAGGUUCAAGAACAAAAAGAGCAGGAAAGGGCAUAAAGAUACUGACUAUAAGACGAGGUCAAAGAAAUCAACAAGGAAUGAAGACUCUGCUGAGAAUGACAGUGGUGGAGAGAGCAUUCAAAGGUUCAAGAAGAACAAGAAGGGAAAGAAAUGGCUUAAAGAUACUGAUUCUGAUGGUUCAGAGACAAGGGCAAAGAAAUCAAGAACUGACGAUUCCACUGAUAGUGAUAGUGAUGUAGGUGAGUGCACUGAAAGGGUCACUAAAAAGAACGUGGAAGAGCGUAAACAGAUUGAUUCUGAUGGUUCAGAGAUUGACUAUAAGAAGAGGACAAAGAAAUCAACAAGGAAGCACAGAAAAAGUAGGAGGCAUUCUGAAACUGAAGUGAGCUCUCGUUCUUCCUCAGAGUCAGAUUAUGUGGAUGGUGAUCAAGGUGGAAAAAAGCUGUUGCAGCAUGUGUGUCAGGGAGGUGAUAGUAAGUUUUCAAGAUAUGGACAAAAUAGAAGAGAAAGCAGGAAAGAUGGUGACAGACAUGAAAGUGAACACAAAAGAGAUGAUGAACAAAAGUUGAAUGACAAACAUGAAAGGGUUGCAGGAUAUGGAAAACUUAGGAAAAGGCAUGAAGAGGAGAGUUGUAAAGAAUAUGAAUCUUCCAAGAGAACUAGAUAUGAUGAUUCACGUUCUCCUGGUGAUAAGGACAUUUCUAGACUUGGGCAUGAUAUAAAAGAAAGAAUGAAGGAUGGGCAGUCAAGAAAACACAAAAGAGAUGAGGAAAAUUUGAAAGAGAAGCAUGAAAGGGACCAUGUAAAGGUUAGAGAAGGGCAUGAAGAGGGGGUUGGUAGGAAACUGCAUGAGGGAGAUGUAGAAUAUGAACCUCUCAAGAGAGGGAAGUAUCAUGACUCACGCUCUACUGGUGACAAGAACCUUUGUAGAUACAUGCAGGAUAGUGGAGAAAAAAUGAAGGAUGAUGAGAGUCAGGCAAGGAAACACAAAAUAGAUAAUGCUGAUGCUGAUGAUGUGAAACAGAAGCAUGAAAGUGUUGCAGACCAUGGAAGGCUUGGGAAGGAGCAUGGAGAGGAGAUCGAUGGCAGACGCCGUGAGAGGGAUAGAGAUUAUAGUUCUUCAAAGAGAGGAAGAUGUGAUGAUUCGCGCUCUACAGGAAGAAGAAGAAGAUAUGAUGAUGACAUAUAUUAUGAUGGGGGGUCAAAGCAUUGAACAUACAAUGUAUCUCAUAUCAGAUGCCUCAAAAAAUUAGCCAGUGGUAAACUCUGAUAUGGGUCAAGUGGCACGUGGAGUGAAAGCAUGCCUUGCCGCCUUUGUUAUUGCGAAAUGUAGUGUACUUGUUGCCCCUCCAUGAGGGAGUUGUUGCCACAUUCCCUCCCCCGCUUGCUGUUAUAAGAAAGAAAAGGUUCUUGUUCCAAUACACACUUGUACGCUAUGAUACUUGUGUUCUUGCAUUAAUCGACUGCACUGGUUUUUAAGAACAGUUGUGUAUUUAUUGCAUGCCUUUUACCUCUCCUCGCUGCCUCUACAUGAACGGAGGAGUCAAAUUGUGUGAUUUUAUCAUCAUAUUGAUUGAAUGUGC